AUGUUUGGUAUUCCUUCUGGCAUAGUUAUACCCGGCCCUGGCUACAUCCCAGAGGACCAAAAGAAAAACAACAAAUCUGACAGCAUCAGGAGCGGCACCAGCCAUAGCGACAUCCUCUUUGGUGCCUACAACUCCAACUCCAGCAUCACCACCGCCACCUCCAACAGCACAGAUGCAACUAGCGCCAACGGUCAAUAUGGGCAUUUCGCAAGGAGUGGCAGCAUAUCAUCGGUGCUCUCUGGCGGCAAUGGCCCUCCAUCGCCCACCACCCCAUUCAAUGGUGUCGGAAAUAAUCCGUACUACCGAGGUCCGGCGAUGGCUUCCUUAGCAGAGGAGGAGAUGCCUCCACCUUAUAUCUCUCAACAUCAAAUCCCCCACCAUCACCAACAGCAUCAACAGCCUCCCUCCUCCUCCUCAUCGUCCUCAUCUUCCUCUUCGUUGUCCUCGUCGGAAGAUUACCGCCAAUGCCUACAAUGGCUGCAACAGACAUGCCGACCGGUGUUUAUGAAGGAGUUGGCGCAGUUGAAUACGGUUCCUGUGCCGAUCACGGUGGCGAAUGCAAAGCACCCGAGCCAGAUUGGUGGCACGCAGCUUGUGCAGAUUGCGAGCUGGAAACAGUCUCAGGUCCAAGUCUUGCCUAUCGAUCGAUGGGGCCAAGCCCACGACGUCCUCGAAGAGAUUGCCCACGCUUAA